AUGUCUAUUGGAGUAAUAUACCACCGUGAUCUUACUGAUGUUAUCACCUCCGCAUUCAAAGACAGUGGUUCAUUGUCUUUCAACAUGACACCAUUUACUCAGCGCUGGGACAUGUCUGAUGGCAAGGUAGUAGACAUAUUCUCUGAGGCUUACACCUCUGCAGAUUUUCUUGAGGCACAUGAAGAAGUGAAUGCAUUACCAAGGAAUCCAGAUGACAUCCUUGAACAGCUACCUGACAAUUUCCAAGGUCAAUAUACAAAGAGCCAUGGUGAACCAGCAACUAAAGAAACUUACACUCACUGCAAAUGUGAGCUGUUCCAAGCAGUGUGGGCACUUUUGUUGGACGCAAAAUUCAUGGAUGCAUACUGUAAUGGAAUCAUCAUCCAAUGUGCAGAUGGUAUUGUUCAUAAAGUCUUCCCUAGGUUUUUUAGCUACUCGGCCGAUUAUCCUGAGAAGGUGCUCCUUGCAGGCAUCAAGUUUCUCGGAAAAUGUCCUUGUCCUAGGUGUUUGGUCAAGAAACAAGAUUUAGCAAAGAUGGGGAUGAAGCGGGAUAUGAGACAACGUGUGAAAAAGAUACGGGUUGACAAUGAAGAUCACUGGAGACGCAUUAAAUUUGCAUGGCAGUUGAUGUUUGAAAAGGGGGUUUAUUGUGCUGUGUCAACAUUUGGACAUGGAACAAUUCGGAAAUUUAACAAGAAUGUGUCAGCUAUGAAGAGGCUUGCUGCUCGUGAUUUUGAAGAUUUAUUGCAGGUUACUUGCAGCUACUAUGAUACAAAGGAGCUUCCUCAAGAGACAAGCAUCAGGAACCGUUGUGUGGCUGCAUUAGCUUCAAAACAGGAUACAGCACCAACCAGGGAUGGGUCAUCUGGAUCAAAACAAAAAAAAUUAAACCUUACAACUUACAAAUACCAUGCCCUCGCAGAUUAUCCAAAUACAAUUCGGCAAAAGGGUACUACAGACAACUACAACACUCAGACGGGAGAGUUACAGCAUCGAUACCUAAAACGACACUAUCCAAGGACUUCAAAAAAUAUUAAAAAAACUACCACAGCUUCUAUGAGUGACCCAGCUAUAACAGACUUUGUACCCAAGCUGAAGGACCACAUACUUGCAAGUGUUGGCUCAAAUUUUGGUGAACCCCAACGGAUGGAUGUCCUAUUUGUGCAUUGGUUUGGACGGGACACAACAAGAGCAGUAGGCGUUUCUGCACGUCAACUCUACCAAGUCAGAUUUUUAGCGAAUGAUGACACAGAGUUUGUCGAUUGGGACAUGUUCAUGCAUUUCCGAGGAGGUGGGUUGGGACAUGAAGUGCCGAGAGAGUGGGACAGCUAUCUACAAUCAGACUGUCAAGCUGUGCAGGAAGAGAACGAGACCUUUGAUGUUGAGAAAGAGGAAGGAGACGAACGUGGAAUUGAAAGCAAUGGUAGUGAGGAGGAGGAGGAGGAAGAGGGAGAAGAGUGCAAUUGGUCUGGGGAGAAGUUGAAUAACUCACCAAAAAAUAAGCAAGAACUUGAAGCAUUGGAGCAGCGGAACAAAACCGAAAAGACGACACAUGUUUUGGAAUGGUUCUGCAAUUUCUGGUCACACUGGGUCACAGCGGCACUCACAGACCAAAUCAGGCGGAGCUUACAAGUUAAAUUCCGCCAGCUCACACCAAGUCCUGACGCUGGUGGUAUGUGCGACGCUUUAAGGCCCCAAUCAGCUCAAUAUCGCAAUAUUCCCAGCACGAGAUCUGGUCAAAUCUGGCCAUCUUUCCCUCAAAAUUCACACUUCUGGAGUUCAAGAGCAUAGUGUCAGCUACCUGUACAGUGAUCGUUGAGCCUCUGGAGGCCCAAGUGCAUAUCUCUUACCGGUUGCAUCCGGUGUCCAACGAUAGUAUCUUGCAAACGCGCUCGUUUUGA